AGCGGCCCCGAGGGGCCGGGUGGACAACCCGGGGAGAGGGGAUCGCGGCCGCGAUAGGGACAGGCCGGGGCCUCGGGAUACGGCGAGGGCAGGCCCAGGAGGAUAGGCUGGAUCCUCGGGAGAGCCGGGGGGAUAGCAGCCCGCGGCGGAUGUGGAGACGUCCCCUGUACAGGAGACGGCAGGACAGUCCCAGGGUGGGGGCCGGGGAGAUGUUCCCAUGGAGGACCGGCCCGGGGAUCGGAGCCAGGGAGAGUAUGGGGGUGUAGACUGACCCUCCGCGACCUUACGCCGAGCCGGAGUUAUCCUUGUCCCGCCGUCCCGCAACGUGGUGUCCGGGGCUCCAGCUGCCCCCGGUUGGGCGGCUGUGGCUCCGGACGGGGGUUAGUCAGCGUCCCAGGGUCCGGGUGUUUGGGGAGUCCCUGGGACAUCAUUAGUUCUGUAAACCUGGAUUCAAGGGGACAAAUGUUGGGAUUGAGGGUGGAGAGAUAAUGCUGUGUUUUGAUGGGUCUGCUGGGGGUGGGUGAGGAGGCUCGGACCCGUUGGGAGUGUGUAUGGGGUCUUGAGGUACUUUGUUUUAUUCUGACGCCGUUCUGUAUGAAUCCUGCAGAUUAAUAGAUUAAUUAAGUGUUUGUAUUCUCUGGGGUGGGGGAGGACUGUGUCUUUGUGCAGAGAUAUGCUGGCUCACAUGGGGCCGUACUGGGGCAUUGCUACAAGUCUGUACUGUCAGUGUGUUGUGGUAGAGUUGUGCCCUAGUGUUUUAAAUCCCCACCCUGCCCUCGUACAAACAGGGUUUACAAAUUCCUUCCCCAGCCUGGCCUGCCACGGGAGAAACCUGUUGCGAUUGCUGCCCAGAUACAAAUGAAAACCAGAGCUUCUGGAAUGACUCAGAAUGUUCAAAACUUUUUUUUGUUGUUUUUUUUUCUCUCUCGAUUUAAACCAAAACUAGUUUCUCCAACACAGGGGAAAGUUUCACAGUUUUGGUUCCUCGCUGCUAAUUUCAACCCUGUGUUCUUUCCGGCGCUUCGAGUAUGAUCACCAGUCAUUGUUCCUGUUCUUGGCAGGGCAGCAGGGGGAAUUAGGAAUUCUCUGUACACCGUUUUUUUCUGUGGGGUGUGAGGGCCCCUGCGUAUCACCUCCCCCGACCCCACCCCAGAGAGGGUCUGUCCCUGAGUCACCCCUUCCUCAGCCUGCCAGGAACUGGCAGCUGUUGCCAAGGGAGUAAUUCGCUGAAGGUCUUGCACCCUGUGUGUUCAAGUCGUAGAGAAGUACAGCACAGAAACAGGUCCUUCGGCCCAUCUAUUCCAUGCUGAACCAUUUAAACUGCCAUUAACCCAGACCGGGACCGUAGCCCCCAUAUCCCUACCAUCCAUGUGCCUAUCCACACUUCUCUUAAACAUUGAAAUCGAAUUAGCAUGCACCACUUGUGCUGGCAGCUCGUUUCACCCUCUGAGUGAAGAAGCUCCCCGUCAUGUUCCCCUUCAACUUUUCGCCUUUCACCCAAGACCUCAAGUUGUACUCCCACCCAACCUCAGUGGAAAAAGCCUGCUUAUUCACCCUGCCUAUAGCCCUCAUAAUCUUGUAUGGCUCGAUCAAGCCUCCUCUCUGUGGUCUAGCUGGUGGGUGGGAGGGAUGCUUCAGAAUGCCCAUCCGUGUGGUGUGCAGCAUGGGUAGAUAGUCAUAAAGUCACAGGCCCUUCAGCCCAAUUUAGUGCCGUCCCGUCUGCCUGCAUUUGGCCCCCAGCCCCCUCUCCAUGUGCUGAUGUAGGUGGUUUUUAAAUACUAAAUAUACCCACCCCCAAACACCAUCUCUGGCAGCUCGCUCCAAAUAUGGGAAGAAGCUGUCCCUGACAUCUCUUUUAAAAUCUCCUGCCUUGGAUCUUAAAUCUGUGCCCUUUUUGCAUUUGGUGCCCCCUCCCUGGAGGAAAAGGAGUAUGUGUUGUGUCUCCUUGUCUGCGUUCCCAAAAUGCUUCACCGCACAGUUGUUGGGAUUAAAAUCCAUUUGCCACUGUCCUGUCAAACUUUCCAUCUUGUUGUUCAAAGCUCCAGGGCCUAGAAUUCCAGGAGGGGCCAGUGCCUUGCAAAGUCAGAUUCAAGCCCAUUAUCAUUGGCACAGGGCUCCACCGUUAGCGUGACUCGCUUGCAGCUCCCGAGCGCCGAGUUACAUUCUGACGCUGUUCUGUAAGGAAUCUCUCCAUGUCCUCCCUGUGGAAUGUGUGGGUGCUCUGAUUUUCCUUCCCACAGUCCAAACACGUUUAUUGGUCAUUGUAAAUUGUGACGUUAUUGGGUUAGGGUUAACUGGGGUUGCUGGGGCAGUCUGGCUGGAGGAGCUGGGAAGGUUUACUCCACAUUGUAUUGCUAAAUAAACAAGGGUCUAAUUGUACUGUGAAAUUUGUUGUCUUGUGGCAGCAGGAGAUUAAAAAGAAAUCACUAGGUCACAAAAAUAAAGGUGAAGCAAAAAGGAAUAAUAAGAAGCAGUGUUUAGAAAUCUGAUGGGGAGGUGAAGAAACUGUACCUCCUCCCUGAAGACAGUAAUGAGGGGAGGAAAAUCUGUGGAAUUCAUUGUGGAGGAAACAGUCAUUUAGUAUAUUUAAAGUGCAGGCUGAUCUGUUCUUGAUUAGUCUGGUCGUCAAAGGUUAUGGGGAGAAGGCAGGAGAGUGGGGUUGAAGGGAUCAUAAAUCAGCCUUGAUGGAAUGGCGGAGCAGACUCGAUGGGCUGAAUGGUCGCAUUCUGCUGCUUAUGAUGGAGCCACCUUCUCGAGGCACCGCCUGUUUGGAGAUGUCCUCCGACGAUAGUGGAGAUGUGCCGCUGGGACCCGCUGAUGUCACCGUGAACCCCUGAGGGGCAACUGGAACCGACAGUGUGAACAGCCUUGCACAGGUAACGAUGGGAUCGGCGGCAGACAGCUACGUCAAGGAGUUUACGCGACAUUCCACCGACAUGAUGCUCAACCUGAAUGAGAUGCGGAAGCGGGAAAUCCUGACCGAUGUCAAGGUUCUGGUGGAGGGCCAGGAGUUCAGGGCGCACAAGGCUGUGCUCGUGGCCUGCAGUGGCUUCUUCUAUUCCAUCUUUUCGGAGCAGACGAAGAGGCACGUCACUCUGCUGACCCUGCCCCGCGGGGUAACUGCGGGGGGCUUCCGCCUACUGCUCGACUUCAUGUACACGUCCUGCCUACCGCUGGAUGUGGGGUCGGUGGCCGAGGUCCUCACCGCUGCCAGCUACCUGCAGAUGGAGCACGUGGUCGAGACCUGCCGGAGUUUUGCCCACUUCAGGGCCCCGUUCACUCACACGUUUCUCAAGUCGCUGGAGACUCCGCAUGCAAGUCAGCCGCUCCCCUUCCUGCCGCCAGGCUCCUUGUUCCCGGGCCGGCCCCUGGCCCCACCGCUGGGAGGCUGCGGCCUGCUGCCGGAGUCUGCCUUCCACUUCCCUGCCGGCUGCCAGGCCCCGCACAAGGCGGUGGUGGACAGUGGCGGGCGAAGUGCCUGGCUCAGCGCCUUCCAGGGGCCGGGGGCCGGGCUGGGUGCGCGGGGCGCUGCCCACAGGGCGGACGUCGGAAAGGCAGUAGCCUCGGGCGGGGAGAGCGGCAAGCCGUCUCCUCCGGUCCCCGACAGCCCGCAGCGCUCGGACUGCAGGCCCAACUCUCCCACGGAGUCCAAGAGCGCCGGGCUGGAACGCAGCCCGCCCCCGGGCGACCAGGCGCCCACCCCGGGGCCUCCGCCUGACCCCAAGGCCUGCAACUGGAAGAAGUACAAAUUCAUCGUGCUCAACUCACUAAACCAGGUUGGCAGGUCCCAGCCCCAGGCUCGGCCCGAGCCCCAUGGCGACCGGAGCCCCAGCAGCCCCGAGGUGGAGGGCGAGGAAGAGGCGGCCCAUGGUGAAGAAGUCAGCCGGUCUUCAUCGGACUCCCGGGAAUCCCAGAGCCUGUCCGUCUGCUCGGUGUGUGAGCUGCAGUGUGAGCAUGCCUCAGAGUUCUGUCACCGGAUCCUGGACGAGCAGCCCGGAGAGGAGGUCCCGGAGUGCCACUCGGAAUUCUCUGACAGCGGAUCAGAGAAUGGCCUCUUCUCCUGCCGGGCCUGCCAUCUGAAGCUGCCGGACGAGGAGUCACUGCAGCAGCACUUCCUGCAUGUCCACAGCGACGACAAGCCCUACAAAUGCGACAUGUGCCACCAUUCCUUUCGGUACAAGGGCAACCUGGCCAGUCACAAGACUAUCCACACAGGAGAAAAGCCCUAUCGCUGUAAUGUCUGUGGAGCCCAGUUCAACCGGCCAGCCAACCUGAAGACCCACACCCGCAUCCACUCUGGGGAGAAGCCAUACAAGUGUGAGACGUGCGGGGCCAGGUUUGUGCAGGUUGCUCACCUUCGAGCUCACGUCCUGAUCCACACCGGUGAGAAGCCGUAUCCCUGUGAAACGUGCGGGACACGUUUCCGACAUCUUCAGACACUGAAGAGCCACAUCAGGAUCCACACUGGAGAAAAGCCAUAUCAUUGUGAAAAAUGUGACCUGCACUUCCGACACAAGAGCCAACUGCGCCUGCACCUGCGGCAGAAACACGGUGCUGUCACUAACACCAAAGUCCGUUACAAGGUGAUCCCUGAGCUCCAGACCUGCUAGAGGAGGAGCUCGCUGAGGCACGCUGGCCGUCCCCUUCGCUGCUACGACCUGCGGAGGCAGCCUUACCUUCCCUCCAGCACGACCACCACUGACUGCCAGCAGAAUUGACCUCUGGCGAGGGCCAGGGGUUCCGGGACGUGUUGCGGGGGAGUGUUUUGGGUGGAGUUUGCUGAAGGACGUUGUACAGAGUGGUGCUGGGGCUUUCGGGUUAGGUUGGGGAGAACGCUUACCUGCUAUGUUAAUAGGUGGGUGCUCAAGAAAUGCUG